ACAGGGGUGGUAUAGUACGUCAUCAACAGGUGCGCGCAACACUUCCCGAUGCGGCAUUUUUAUGUCAAAACACCUCGAUUCGAUCACAACAGAAACACCAGAGAUAUUCUGUUUAUCAGAAUUAAAUUAUGAAGCAAAACACUUAGGGUUCAGCAGUAUGAUAUCCGUAGACAGAUGAACAUAAACUGCAUAUAGUAAUUCAUUCUCGGGAAUAAAAUGAGAAUCAGACUUGAAGAAAGAACAAUACUCGCUUGUUGUGGAUGUUUGUGAAAAAGUCAGAAAUGAAGACCACAAAAGUAGUCGUUGUUUGAGGUUCACUCACUGGCAAUAUGUGCAGACACCGUUUAAAACAACUCACUGUUACGUGUGACUACUACCGUCAACAUUUAGCCAUGAACAGAUUUUGCGUGACUAUGGUGUCCUUCAAACAAUUGUGAUUUUUUAUUGAAACAUUUUUUGUUUUGUCUGUCUGUGUUGAAGUUACAGAGUCUUGUCAGUGCAUCUCCUUUCUUCUAAAUAACAUUUGACAGAUUUUGAUGAAAGGCAACAGCAGUAUUAAACUUUGUAUGAAAUGUCGUUGACACUAAUGCUCAUAACGGGUAAAACACAACAAUGUAAAUACUAAAUAUUCUUGUUAUCUCUAUGCUUCGGUCAAUAAACGUUCACAGAUUAUACUACAAAUUAUACUACAUUGCCACUUUAUCAAUUUUUGUGUGUUUUAAUUUCUGAGUUAUAAUUAGUGUAGUUGCGCAAAACCUCAACAUUUUCCAGUUUAAUGGUUUCAAGAGUUAUUAUAUUCUGAUUUUUGUUGAUUUUGAAGUAUAGGAAGUGCAUCUCCACUUCAACCUUUUUAUAAUUUUCAUAAUUACAAAUCUUGUACAUGGUGUAUAUCAUGACAAUAAUUGGUUUUAACGGUAACUUAUCAAUAACAUUCAGAGCUUUCUUUUCCGUGUAAUUCCUUCCUCUAUAGACGUUGACAUAUUCUUUGACAUUUUUUCCACAAAAAGCUGCUGUCGUCUAUUCAGAAUGUGGAUAAAAAAAACGGCCAUUUAAAAUAAAACACUUUUAAUUUCAUAAUAACCAUGUUGUUGAGGGUAUUGUGCGUUUAAGAAUAUGUGAUUAUAAAUUACCAAUAGUCUUUUAUCGUUUUUCUUUUACACUAAAAUUACCACAAAAGUUUUGUGGAAACGCUAUAAGACUGAGAAAUCCAGAAAUCCGAGAGGAACUGUUGUCAUUGGAUACCCGGCAAAACUUAUAGUUAAACGGAAGGUAAUACAAGACGAAUUCCCGGAUUGGAAAUACGUGAUGCGGGCUGCGAGAGGCUCGCGCUUGGAACCGUCUAAUCCAGAAACUGCACGUGCGGAACGUAUAACCAAACAGAAACACGUGACAAAGGGCACUGCUCCGGUGUCCACUUCGAACAUGUUCAGGGCACUUUCUGCUGAGUCGGUGCAAUCGGACUCUAGCACGGAAGGAUACAAUUCUGUCCGUGAAACCACCUCUUCGGACAAAAGUGAGACGGAGUUGGAUGACUAUAGUCAGUCCAUGCUCCGAAUGCAGGCUCAAUUCGACUCCAGCUCGGGUCGUAGAUCGGGAAACUCCGCUGGUGGACCCGGUGACCAAUCAAAGCCGAGUUCCACUUCCAGUGCUAUGGGCUAGGUCAGCGGAGGGAAUAGCGACCGUGUGACGUGUCAACAACAGACUGCUAUGAACAAAAGUGGUAAAACAUUGAAUGAAUCGAACGGUACUUUACAUACUUUAAGCAUUGCUGCUCUUAAUGUUUGUGGCCUUAAGAGGCGUUCUUUAUACCCAGAAUUUGUUAAUUUAGUUAAAAGUCAUGAUAUAUUUUUACUAUCAGAAACAAAAGUGGAUGAGCAUGAUAUUAUUGAUAUUGACGGAUAUACCUUUUUUAGUAAACCUCGUAAACAAAAAUAUAUUAGAAAAAGUGGUGGGGUCGGUGUAUUGAUAAAGGAGAGUGUUGCCAAAUAUGUUGAUACUAUUGAUAGCAAUUCUGAAUAUAUAAUGUGGAUAAAACUAAAACCUCAAUGUACAAAUUUAGAAACAGAUAUUGUUUUGGGUAUUGUAUAUGUACCUCCGAUGCAUUCUAGGUUUUAUAAUGAUGACGAAUUUGAGUUGUUUGAAUCUGAUAUUUUUGCAAUAUGUAGCGAAUAUGAACAUGUUUAUAUUUCUGGCGAUUUUAAUGCCCAAACGGCAGAAAUGCAAGACUACACUAAAAAUGACGAUUUUUUGUCAGACUUUUUUCAUUUUGACAAUGAUACCAUAAGCUUUUUUGAUCAAAGGUCCAAAAUGGAAAACAGUGGAAUUUCAUUAGAGAGAAAAUCGCAUGAUAAGAAGAUAAAUAAUCAUGGCUACAAACUUAUAGACCUGUGCAAAAUUAAUAAUGUAUUUAUUAUUAAUGGAAGGCUGGGAAAUAAGCCAAGUAACCUAACCUUCCGAAAUGUCUCAUUAAUUGAUUAUCUGUUAUCUUCAAUUUCUGCAUAUAAAUUUUUGUACGAAUUUAAUGUGACUAAUGUAGACAGUUUGAUGUCAGAUGGGCAUUCACUAAUUACCUUUAAACUCAUAAUUAAUCAAAAGAUAACGCAUGAUACAAGCAUGAGUAAACCAAAAAACCCAAAAUGGGAUCAAACAUUAUCCCAUACUUUCAAUGAAAAUAUUAGUUUUGAGGAUAUAACUGCAACUGUAUCUCAAAUGCAAGCGAGCAAUCCUGAUGAUGUAGAUCAAAACAUGAUCGAUAAUGUUACCUCUAAAUUGUCAGACAUAUUCAUACAAAGCGCCCAAAAAACAUUCCCCGACAAAAAGUCAAGAAAUAAAGCGUUUAAAAGUAACUACAAAAAGCCAUGCAAUUGUGGGGUACGUCAAGGGGAGAAUUUAUCCCCUCUACUAUUCUCCUUAUUCCUAAAUGACCUCGAAGAAUAUUUAGAUCAAAAAGGCAACUCUGGAAUCAAGAUGCAAGAUAAUGAGAACGAUCUUGUCACCUGGCUAAAAAUAAUAGUUUUACUUUAUGCAGAUGACACAGUUCUUGUCUCUGAUAAUGCUGAUGACCUACAAAAAUGCCUCAAUGACUUUAAUGAUUAUUGCAAAACCUGGAACUUGGUUGUAAAUAAAGAUAAAACUAAGAUUAUUGUCUUUGGUGCCAGAAAUAAUGCUAACUUCUCAUUCAAAAUUGAUAAUUCUACACUAGAAGUAGUUGAUUCUUAUAAAUAUUUAGGGGUGCGAAGUAAUGCGCUAGUGUCACUGGUGACGGGGCGCGGACCCGGUGGCGGGCUGGGAAUGCGGCAUGACAUGGAAAUCUAUGUGACCAUGGAUACUCAUGUCGUGCUGGGGUUCCCUGUCGUGUCUGAAUAUUACCAGUUGUUGAGAAUAUGUGACAUAGAGAUGUACACUACUUCUUGA